CCUUAAAACUUUUCCAACACACGGUGCUGUGGUCCGCUGGCUGUUUAACUUCGCCUUCGGCUUGACCACGAAUGUGAAAAUAACGGCUAGGCUGCCUUACUGUGUGUGUCGGUGAUGAAGUGGAUGCUACUGGCCGCUUGGAAGAAGGAAACUUGCGAGAGGAAAAAGUUAUGGAAUGAUGCCCGAGCGACUGCAUCCCUCCCUCCAAAGUUCGGCUAAGGUGGCUAACGUUAGCUAACGUUAGCGGUGGAGUCAGCUUGCUAACACUGGUGUGAAAGCUUGGAUAAACUUUUGUUCAUAUGUCAAAACAAGUAAACAAGUCACCUGGUGUAGUGGAGAAGGGCGUGGGGAUAUUUAACUCUUGUGGCAAACUGAAAGCUUUCAUCCUCGGCUUGUUGUCUUAGCCGGACCAGGUUACAGUACCAAGCUAAUCAUUUUUAGCCAAGUGGAGCUAGCUGACAGCUAACCUCUGUCAAGUGGCGUUAAGUAGUUAGUUAACGCUACGUCCCACUGAGAAAUGACGUGACACACAAUUGUCGUUUACCAGCUAGCGUUAAAUAACACUCACCUCCAUCCUAAAAAGACUGCAGUGUUUGUAACGUUUCUGGAAACUUACAUUUCUACAUGGACCAACUCACUAAUAUCAACACUUGGUGGAUACUAAGUUACCUGAGAUGUGAAGUGAUGAGAAAGGGAAUGAUAACCCUGCUGACCAUAGCGUGACAAAGUAAUAUCGGAGCCGGAUGUAGUCAGUCGUGUCAUUAUUUUCACUUUGAGUUGUGUUCGGUAGGAAUGACAAGGACAGGCAGUAAACGCAUUUGACGGUCUUACUGAAGAGACUCUGGCCCACUUUGACAAGCUCUGUGACUUUUGAAGAAUUUGGUUUGAGUGAUGUAAGUGUUUUCAGCUUUUGACCCCAAGCCACUCUCCAUCAGCCUUUCUCCCAUCACUUUGUGCCACUUCUGUUGUCUCAUCCCUGCCUCUCUAUCGAGACUUUCUGGGGGGAAUUCUUCAGUUUGGAGCCUCCCCGCAUUAUCAUCACCAUUGUUCAUCACCCACAUCAAGAGGGCCUGCAUCUUGGAUGAAGUUGAGAGUGCAAUAAUGAAGGUGACAGUGACUUUUGGCCAGACGGGUGUGGUGGUGCCCUGUAAGGAGGGGUGGACUGUCAGGGAUCUCAUCCAGCAAGCCACGCAGAGAUACAGAAAACUGCUGGAACAGGAAGGAGAUUUCCUGGUUCGAACGCACCAUGUUGAAUACUGUGAUGGGGGGAUUCUGGACCCAGAUGACAUACUCAGUGAUCUGGUAGAGGACAAAGACAAGCUGAUGGCGGUGUAUGAGGAGCAGGAAGCCCAGCAGAGGGGUGUGGCUAACACAAGCCUAACCCCCAGCCCAGACCUCUACCAAUCCGAGCUCUCUGUCUUCCAGCCAAUUGCAGGAGGCGAGAUUGAAGUCAAUUCCUCAGCCCUUAAGUCCAACACUCCCUUGUUGGUGAGAAGCAGUAGUGACUCAGCCCUUGGCCCACAGCCGACCGAGACUGAACCCUCUAUCAAUGGCGACCCCACCGUGAUGGCAGCCAGUCCUGCUGUGGACAGACCAGCAGGAGUAGACCGACCCCAAGGCAAACACGGCUUCAAUGCAAGCCUGACCAGAACAGUGGAGAUCCUGGGAGAGGACAGUCCUCUGGGAAUCCAUGUGGUCCCUUACUGCUCAUCCCUCAGUGGACGGUCUCUUGGUCUGUACAUUCGAGGAGUGGAGGAGGAGAGUCGCUCAAGAAAGGAGGGCUUGUUCCAGGAGGAUGAGUGCAUCGUCAAGAUCAACAGCACUGACCUCAUGGACAAGACAUUUAGCCAAGCCCAGGAAGUGUUUCGUCAGGCAAUGCGUUCCCCCAUCGUCCGUCUGGAAGUGGUUCCCACCUCUAACAAAGACCGCUAUGAGAAGAGUCUGAUUGGUCAGCUGUUUGGAAAUGGUGCCGCUUCGGACAGCAGCCCCCGAAUCGCCAAGGCCAAAGAGCCCCCACCUGUUAAAGCCAAACCCACGUUUAAACCCUCUGAGAAUCUAGCCACGCGAUUGGCAGAGGAAGCUGCCACUAUGGAAGCUCCUGUUAGUACACCCAAGGGGAGGAGUGAGAGCCCCCUCCUUAAGAAAAGUCCUGCCCUCUCCAACUUGGUGGCCAAUAAGAGAGGAGGACGAAGACUGAGGAUCGAUCUAAAGAAAGGUUCAGAAGGUCUUGGUUUUACUGUCGUAACCAGAGAUUCUUCAGUUCACGGUCCUGGUCCCAUUCUUGUCAAAAACAUACUGCCACGCGGAGCCGCUGUCAAAGACGGACGCCUGCAGUCUGGAGACCGCAUACUUGAGGUUAACGGUGUGGAUAUCACAGGGGUGGGCCAGGAAGAGUUGGUGUGUAUGCUACGCAGCACUCGACAGGGAGAGAGUGUGUGUCUCGUGGUUCUGCGGCAGGAAGACAUGUUCCUGCCUCGAGAGAUGAAAGAUGAGGUGUCCCGUGUGCCGGGCUUUGUUUCUGAGAAUGGGAAGGAGCAUCUUAUGUUCGAGGUGCCUCUUAAUGACAGCGGCUCAGCGGGGCUCGGCAUCAGCCUCAAAGGAAACAAGUCCAGGGAGACAGGAGAGGACCUGGGGAUCUUCAUCAAAUCCAUUAUACAUGGAGGCGCUGCAUACAAGGAUGGGCGUCUGCGUGUCAAUGACCAGCUGGUGGCAGUAAAUGGAGAGUCGCUGCUGGGAUGCUCCAAUCAUGUGGCCAUGGAGACGCUCCGCCGCUCUAUGUCUCAGGAGGGCAACGUAAGAGGGACAAUCCAACUAGUGGUGCUAAGGGCUCUGAAGGAUCAGCAUGGGGUGUCACCCAGUCGCUCAUUUGACAGCUCCGCAGGCCUAUCAGGACUGGGAAGCCCAAUGAAUGGUCAGACAGGAUUGGUCAGUCAGACUGACGGCCCCAUUCACCCUCCUGUGGUGAACAACAAUCUCUAUGCAUCUAGUGUGACCAAUGGAAGUUAUUCUCACAUGGAUGAGGAAGAGGACGGGGAGCUGUAUGGACAUGAAACAGAGUUCAGCACCUCUACCCAACACUCCUAUCUCCAGGAAAGGGAAAACUCUCACAUCUCCAGCCCGGCUAAGCCCCAGUCUCCCGCACCGAGCCAGAACCAGCGGCAGUUCCAGCAUGUUAAAGCCUCCAAGAGCAUGGACCUGGGUACGACUCAGAACCAGCAGCCCACUGUGGCAGAUGAGAGCAACGUCGGAUCCCUGGUCGGAAACACUGCAGCUCCAUCAACCCCAGUAGAACUCGGCCCGACUCUCGGCUUGAAGAAGUCCAGUUCGUUGGAGAGUCUCCAGACGGCCAUGUCAGAGGUCAGCAGAAAAAACGAAUUCCUCCCAUUCCACCGUCCUCGCCAAAAUAUGGUCAGGGGGAGAGGCUGCAACGAGAGCUUCAGAGCAGCUAUUGAUAAAUCCUACGAUGGGCCACCUGAAGAUGACGAUGAUGAUGGUUCAGAGCCGAGUUCGGGCCGGGACACCCCUGCAAGUAGUUCAUCCCGCCAGGGAGCGGGGGAUCGGAUAGAGGAGAAAGGCAAAAAAGAAAAGAAAAAGAAAGCGAAAACAAAGAAGAAGGAAAAGAACAAGGGAAAAGGAAAAGAGAAAAAGAAAGCAGAGGAGCCUGAGGAGUCGGAGAAGAAGAGCAAGAAAAUAGGCUUUGGCCUGCUGAGAUUCGGGAAGAAAAAAGAAGAGAAGAAGGAGGCAAAAGCAGCUCUGCAGCGACAGAAGUCGGACAUUCUGAGUGAUCAUGAGCUCGAGAGGAUGAAAGAUGAGAGGGAAAGAAUCGAGGCAGGGCACCCUGAGCUGCGAGAGCACCGGCCCAGAGAUCAGCAAGGUGGCGGCAGCGGCGGCGGCUCUGCAUAUCCAGACGUUGAGGAUGAUGACGCAGACCCCAACUAUGCCCGUAUACAGUCCUUCAGGGACCGAAAUAUGAGUUCAAUGCCGCAACCACUGCCUCAGUCACCUCCCUACAGUACAAUUCAGCAUGCCCAUGCCCGCACCCCUUCCCCCCAAGGCCCGUCUGCCUUUCCAGGCCAUGGAAGUCAUGGUAACAACCCCGUAGCCAACCCUGAUGAUGACCCCCUUGAUAGGCUGUAUGCCAAGGUCAAUAAACCAAGGGGAGCUGGAACUACAUCUCCUCCUGUGUCUGCGACUGGCAAUGACAGCGUGGACAGGAUCCAGCAGCUGAGAAGAGAAUACCAGCAGGCGAGGAGAGAAGGAAUGGUGCCGCCUUAUGAAGAACUGGACCCACGCCGCAGAGGACAUGAAAACGAGGCACACAGGAUGCCGGGCAGAGGGACGGAUCAUCGGUUGGCACCACGUUAUGAAGAGGUGGAACGUCAGUAUGCCUCCUUACCAAGACGAGGUCCGUUGGAUCCAGCUGAUUACCCCAUGCAGCCCUGGUCAGGUCAUUACCCCGGACCUCCACAGACCCCACAAGGGUACCCUCAGUCCCCGUCCUACCCUAACCCCAACUCCCAGUCUGGCCCGUCUUACUCCGGCUACCCACCUGGCCCACCAUAUGCACGGGCAGGUGACCCACGGGGCGUCGACCCAGGGUACUACCCUCACCCAAGCUCCCAGCAGAGAGGCCCUUUGCGGCAGGACGUGCCACCGUCUCCCACCCCUCCACUUCGUGGAAUACGGUACGACACUAUGACGCGUGGAACUGGCGGUGGACCUUACAGGCAUCUGGUGGAUCCCAGUUCAGACCAGUAUGGCUAUACUGGGGAGGGAGGAAGACAGCAACAGCAACACCAAACCAACCCAAGACAGAAGAAUGCCAUGACUGCAGCUGUGUAGACGGAUCAGGUCCAGAGAUGAAAACGAGCAGAAUGCCAAAUGCUUUGUGUUGUGCAGCUCUUCUGCUUUCGGCACUCCAAUGAAAUAGAGUCGAAGCCUCCUAAUGGUGUAAUUUGAAUCACCAUCAUUAUCAAACACUGUCUGUGCUGUUUGAAGUAUAUGGUAAUACACAGACAAGCAAGGUAAAGGAGGUUAAUUAUAGAGUGGCCUGCGUAAUGCAUAAUGUCUUGUUGUUUGAAGUCGUUUAAAUUGCUUUGAGUCUUCAUAGAGUGUAAAAUUAGCAGGGUUUUUACUUUUCACUAUACUCUGAUUAAGUCGCCUCUUUCAAGAAUCAGUCCGAGCCACAAAGGUAAUUAGAUCCAUUUAAAUAAAGGCAAUAAAGGUGCACAUACAGCUCGACGCGCUCUCAUAUUGUACCUGGUGGUUUCGCUGCUGCCGCUCCACAAGCGACAAAACAUAAAGUAUUCUAACAGACAGAAAUCAGCAACCUUUUUGUGUCUUGUGCGACUAAAAGGGGAUUGUAAGGCUUUUGGUCUCCUCUUGAGGGCAAGUUGAGAUGUAGGUUAUGUAGCAAACCUGUGUGAAAAACAGCAUCAUAACUCGACAGUUACAAGACAGCAUAUCCAUCAGAUUAACAGUAAAUACACGGCAUUUCAAACCGGGAUGGGCUUCCUGUUUGUUAUUAAAUGAAGUGUAACAGGGAGAACGCCACUAUACCAAUCUUUAUGAAAACAUUGUGAUUAAUCUGAUACAUCACAUACAGUAUUGUUUUCUUAGUGAAUUGUGGAAACAUUUGAGUAAUUGAAGUGCACUAAAGCACAGUAGAGCACUGUAUCAGUUAUCUUAAUGAACAAUAAUAUGUUGUUAAUAAUGCUAUGAUUGCCUUUCAUUUUUAGCCAAAGUAUUUCUCUCAGUACAGAUGAGUUGAAAUAGAUUUUUUAGUGCUGGAUUAGGUAUAAUCUGAGUCUGAAACCACUCCAGGCUGUUGGUUUACAGCCGUAAAUAAGUACUGAAUCUCAAAUUUACAUUUAUUUCUAUUCCUUUCGGGACAUUUUACCAUUAUUUGAAUAGUUCACUUUAUUUAAAAUGGCCUCUGCUUGAAUGUAUGAAAGCUUCUUGGAUUGCUUUUUCAGUCCUCUAUACUUAAUCCACGGAGUCAACCUGUGUUUAUUGAAUCAUUCCAGCGUGCCUGCAGUUUUUGCAUACUUCUUGGUUUCCUGUCAGGCGUCAGAGAUAAUCCAUUGCUUUAAGCAAGAAGCUGACGACCACAUUUUUCAAACUUUUCAUCAGAAUGAUAAUCAACAUACGAACUGUGAGAUCCUGGAAGAAAAGUUAAGAACAAGAUGAUCAUUUUGUAAUAAUGCUGAGACCUAAGUCGAGGUAAUACACACACCAAAGAUACCACUUCAUUUUACACUGUUACAGCUCAUUUUUGCUGCCUCUACUGGGAGUAACUCCUAGUAUUUAUUUCAAAACAUAUACUCAAGCAUUUAAACAACUGCAUUGUCAGGAAAGACCACAUGCAAUAUAAGAUAACAGUGAUUAAACUUGAUAGACAGCAAUGUGAAAUAAGUUGAGGGAUGCAAGAAAUGAGCAAAACUUCAAUAAUGAUGGGACAGAUUAUUUUAUAUAAUGUAUCAAACCACUACAAUGUACUAUCUUGGGUGCUCGUACUAAUUAUGUUUUAUUUUCACGCUGAAUGUGCUGGAGCAGAGUUGUUGAAGCCUCACAGAUGUCCGUGCCGAUGGGUAAACCAGGCACAAAAGGCUUUUUUCUGCUGGGCUUAACUGACCACUCUGUAUUACUUAGCGGCCUCUUUUUCUCCGUGUUGUCUGUGCGUGUCACAUGCCGGAGUUCGGAUGUGAUGGAUGUUCACGGCACAUCCCCGUGACCUGGCGGUGUAGGCGUCACUGUGUGUUGAAGUGCACACAAGUCCUGUUAAAACAUGAAUGCAGAGUGCUCUUCUCAGUGCUGCACCGUAGCGUAUAUCCAUUUAGCCACUUACUAAACCAUCAAUUAAGUGUAACUUAGAGUCUAGUGUAACAUUUCUGCGUUUCACUCCACAAAGCUCAGCAGUAUUAAUUUCAUUGAAGAUUAAAUGUUAAAAAUGACAUUUCAUGAUUAGGUCGAUUGCAUUUCUGUUAAUAUGACUGAAGAGGAAAUCCUACUAGACUGAAAAAAAGGCUGGAAAAAAAUCUCAUCUGCUUGUUUGUUUCAGAGAUCUGGAUCUUGAAUGGAAAGAGGAAAGUAGGCAGGCAGGUAGGAAUGACAGUGAAAGGAUGGAAGAGAGGAGUAGAAGUGGGGGAUGGGUGGAGACUCCAGGAAGGGAAAAUGAAGCAAAAGAACAUAGAGAAGGAAGAGGUGGAUUGAUAAAGAGAGAUUGAAGAAACGAGUGAUAGAAAGGUGGAAGAAAUGGGAGGAAUAGAUGCAGUGCACGGCCCCCCAGCGCCUUUGUGGUUGAUUCAGAGAGUUUUCAAAGAACAGCAGAGCAGAGGAAAGAAUGAAAGUUCAUAAAAACUGGGGUGGCAGUUGAUCUGCAGCAGGUGGAGGGUCACAGGAGUGGGCUUGUAUGGACUGAAUGUAAUGACUUUGGGAAUUACUUAAAAAUAUUUAUCUUUUUCAUGCUAUUAUCAGUUUUAAGCACCAGUGUGGAAAUUAAACUUCCAAAAUCAAAUUGCCAAAGUAUUACUGAAAGUACAAUGACAAAGCACAGUUUUAGGAGAUUGGAAACUGAUCUACAGGGGUCACAUAGAUGCAUACGGCUCUUCUUUUAAGGUAUUCUGUGCAGGACUUGUCUGUGCUGUGUCUGCCAUUUUUAUAGCUUCCUCUUGGAUGUGUGCCGGUUACGGUCUGGCACCUGGUCGCUGCCUUUUUAUCGAGUCCCGACCUCACCUGCGUGCUGUUAUUGGCUGGGGGCUACACACCCACUGCCGAAAGGUUGCAGCCCAGAAACAUCCUGAUUACAGCAGGGAGUCUGUGCAGAUAAGUCCACUGCCACACACUUCUAGUGGGUCACAAGUGAUGGUUGAGAGGGAUUAUUUUCGUGUGAGUCUACACUUUUUAGGAACAUCCUGCGUAGUUUGCCUUUAAGACUGAAUGAUCAGAAUGCAAAGAUGGUAAAUGUGUAUCUGAAUGCUGGGUCAGUGUCUGCUGAAGCUUUAUGGAGAUGUGAAAAUUACAUGAAGGUGUAUUACUGUUACUCCUCUGAUAUUCGUACACAAUUCACAUGUAUGUAACUCUUCACAAGCAUUUAUUUUUUUAUGUAUUUCUCUUUAAUGAUAGUCUUUGUUGUUGGUUCAGUACACAAGAGCCACAGACUGUUUGGAUGCUUUUACCAUGUUACUGUGAGAGAGAGGUACACUGCAAGGUUUGACCACUUUUUUUCCCAGAAAUUCACUUCAUGUUGGCAUUUCUCACUCUUAUAAAUGCAGUUCAUAUUGAAGUAAUUACCUGCAAUUAAGAUAAUAAGCAAUUUUCAAUUUGCUUCUUCAUAAAAUUUCCAAGAAGAACACAAAAAAAGGCACUUUGCAUAGCAUGGUGAACACAUCAAGCAUUCUGUAAGUAUGGCUCUUUGUUGUUUGGCAGUACGAUAUGAGUUGCACAAGCUGAAGGUACUAACUAGAACCUUCUAUAUGAAGAGUUCUGGUACUCCUGGAUCUCCUUUUACAGAGACCAGUAUAUGAAGGAGCCAACUAAACAACCUCUCUCUUAGAAGUAUAGCAUUUUUUAUUAAACCGCUUGUAUCCAAAAACACAAAACUCAUUUUAUAAUGUUGUAACAAUAACAAUGAUUGUUUUCCUACUUUUUAUAUUUAUGUA